UGCAGCGCGGAAGAAAACCUCUGGUGACAUAUUGGUUCCUAGACGCUGCAGUUUCCGUCCGGGCAGAGUUGCAGGUUGCACGCCGGCUCUCUUCCUGGAUUUAUCGCUGGAGGUCUUCGUAUUUUGUAGUCGGCAGAAAACGGCGGCUGACCCGCAGUGACGUCACGACCGUCGCUCUCCGCUUAGGUGUUUUCUCCCGGUUUUAGCGUUCAUGGCGGGGAACUUCUGGCAGAGCUCUCACUAUUUGCAAUGGAUAUUGGAUAAACAAGAUUUAUUAAAGGAACGACAAAAAGACUUAAAAUUCUUAGCCGAGGAAGAGUAUUGGAAGCUACAGAUAUUUUUCACAAAUGUCAUUCAAGCAUUAGGAGAACACCUUAAAUUACGACAGCAAGUUAUAGCCACAGCCACUGUUUACUUUAAAAGGUUCUAUGCACGGUAUUCUUUAAAAAGUAUAGACCCUGUAUUAAUGGCACCAACUUGUGUCUUUUUGGCAUCCAAAGUAGAGGAAUUUGGUGUUGUUUCAAACACAAGGUUAAUCUCUGCUGCUACUUCUGUAUUAAAAACUAGGUUUUCUUAUGCAUUUCCUAAAGAGUUUCCAUAUAGGAUGAAUCAUAUACUGGAAUGUGAAUUCUACCUACUAGAGUUAAUGGAUUGUUGCUUAAUAGUUUAUCAUCCGUAUAGACCCUUGUUACAAUACGUACAAGAUAUGGGACAAGAAGACAUGCUGCUUCCACUGGCAUGGAGAAUAGUAAAUGACACAUACAGGACAGAUCUUUGUCUGCUUUAUCCUCCUUUCAUGAUUGCUCUUGCCUGCCUGCAUGUGGCAUGUGUUGUUCAGCAGAAGGAUGCACGCCAGUGGUUUGCAGAACUCUCUGUAGACAUGGAAAAGAUCUUAGAAAUCAUUAGAGUUAUUCUGAAGCUUUACGAACAAUGGAAAAAUUUUGAUGAGAGGAAAGAAAUGGCUGCCAUUCUUGGUAAAAUGCCAAAACCAAAGCCGCCACCUAACAGUGAAGGGGAACAAGGACCAAAUGGAAGCCAAAGCUCCAAUUACAACCAGUCUUGAAAUACUACAAUCGUCCACUAUUGGACCAAACUGGAUGAAGAUGUUGCCAUAGUGAUCUCCCACCAAGUAGUAUUCUUGACCAGUGGGUUGCACAGUCUGUCUUCUCUAUCUUAAGAGAAAAUUGUUGGACUUUUUUUUAUGAGUAAGGAUUUACAAAUGUGAGCACACUGUUGCUGAACCCUGAUUUCAGCUCUCAAAUAAUUGCACAUAUUUUUUUCAUUUUCUGCCUGCAGUUCAGUGACAAGAUUCUAUAUCAAUAUCUUGGCCAUCUGAACUGUAAUCUCCUAAAUGUAUUAAGAUUAAAUGAUAUUGUAAUAUG